AUGAACCUAUUGAGAUUGGCCAAGUCCAACUCAUCAAAGCCAACCGUUGCGAAGAACAGUAAACAACAUGGUGCUUCAGGGUUCUUCCCUGAAGAUGAUGUACUUAACUCUCAGGAAUCAAAGAAGCCCAAUGCAUCCCCAUAUAGUUUGAAAGAGUUCCCCCGUAUAAUUGAACACCGAUUUGGAGAGAGUCUGGGCAAUAGGACGCGGAUGCUAAGUGAAUUGGUUGCGAGUGAGAAACUACGACUUGGUCCGCCUGACAUGGUCCAUGUAACAUUACUGGAUAAAUUCUACAAGGAGGAAAUUGGUGAAUACUUCUACAUAACAGGAGUAGAUCUAUCAAGUGAGUCAAUGCCAAUUGCUUUCUUGAAGAUGAUGAGAUUUGAUCGUAGCGAAAGGCAGAGGUCCGAUGAGAACCAGAUCUCUACAUAUUGUUGUGUUAAUAUCUUCAGGCAACUUGAUAUACGAAUUCGUUAUGAAUCUGACAACAAUUAUCAAAUAAAUGCAGUUGAUUGUCGUACGGGAACUACGACUGUUCAGUUAAGUGACGAGAUCUGGCAAGAAACCUUUGUCAGUUGUUGUCUGAGAAGUCUCAUAACGAAUGUGGAUUCUGUAAGAAAGCUACCGGGACUAGUGGAGUAUCCUUUCGCUAUUUCACACGGUGGGAUAAAUAAUUGCCAGAGAGUGAUUAAAACAUUGUGCCAAUUUUUGCCCCGUUUCUUGGAGUGUGGUUGGAAUUCUUCGAAGAGUGUUCAUGCUACUAUUCUGCACAAUUAUUUGACUGAAGCCCUUAUGUUGUUCUUGUCAGUGGCCCCAGGGUUGAUCGACUACGCUAUCGAAACGUUACGAGAACUGAUCAAGGACGACCCUAGCAAUGAAUUUUAUUAUUGCAUAGUUUUGAUUGCGAUCAUGGAGCAAGAUGGCGAAAAAGACCUUGAAAUGAUAUCUCUUUUGAAUCAAGUACUCGAGCCGCUUCUCUUAGAGUUAGACAAUGCUCCACCUCGUGACAGCAGUUCAUUAUUGUUGAUUAACUGCAUUGCAGAAUUACUAAACUUACAAGCAAGGUUUCUGCUCAAGAGAGAAGACUACGAAAUGGCCCUGUCGGUGGCUAAAAUCUCAAGCGGACUCUCCUCGGAUUCUUUCGAUGCUUGGUUCUACCUAGCCAAGUGCUAUAUCAAGCUGGAAGACUACGAACAGGCGUUGAUGGCAAUUAACUGUAUGCCCCAUUUACCUAAUUUUGACAAGAUAGACCAAGCUCUAUGCUACGAUCCUACUUUAAUCGGUUAUUACAAGAGACCACUGGGUGGUACAGUAUCCAGAUGCGAUUUGACCUCCUUCGAGAUCAGUAACAUCAGCGGUACUUUAAAGAUAUCGAAAGAAGCAGAGCUUCGUGAAAUAAUAUUCGGUAGAAUAGUGAUGCCCAACGAGUCUGAGAGGGGUAAGAUCACAGAGAUAUGGAACAACUCGUGUCUAAGUCUGGGCCCGAUCUACGGACCUCACUCACACAAUUUGAUAAAUUUCGUUUCACCACAGGAAGUGAAAUCUGUCGCAGAUAUAAAGUUACUCGCGAGAAACACCAUGGCCAAGUUACUCAGUUGGUUCGAUGAAAAAGUUUACGAAUUACUGCUAGAAAUCUCCAGCAAGUUAGGCUGGAACGGACUCUUAAAACUAAGAUCGGACCUAUUUGUCAUGGAAAAGGAAUACAGUGACGAAAACACAGUGAAACUGAACCCCGACGGUACCAUACCAACUAACCUAAAACGGAAAAGACUGUGCGAAAGAUGGCUCGACCAACAAUUCCUCGAUCUCUACGAAGACUUACGCAUAAGCACUUCUUCUGACGGUCGCCGCGAUGUCCUAUACAGCGGUCUAGAAUGGGAACUACUUGGACUAAUCCUUCUGAGGACGUGGAACUGGCAAGACGCAGUGGCCUGUCUCAGGACCAGUAUCAUGGCUCGUUUCGACAUAGUCAGUUGCAAGAAAUUGCUCGCACUCUACAUGGCUCAGGAUUCCCACGAUACAAACGCAAUGGAUCCAGACGUCGUUCUCGAGCUGGUAACCCAGAAGAUUUCCUACGAGUGCCGAUUCUACGACAGUUUCCAGAUCCAGAACCUACAAGUCCUCUACAAGCUCAGCGAACAUCUUGGCACUAACAUCGUACGCAAUCGCGUCAUGGCGCUGCCCCUCGCAGAGAGGGGCAUCGUCAGCAUGGUCGAAUCAAUGCUCGACUGGGUAAAAGAGAUGACAGCGUCUAACCGCAUCGACUGA